AUGUUGAAAUGGUUGACAAAGUUUGCAAACAAUGAGUCAAUCGGUAGUCAUUUGUUGUAUUCAUUGGUCGCCAGACUUUUGCUGAUAGUAUUGAGUGAAAUACAAGACAAAUACUUGACACUCAAGUAUACGGACAUCGAUUAUCACAUCUUCAGUGAUGGCGCCCGACAUCUAUGGUUAGGUGAGUCGCCGUUUCUGACGGACACCUAUCGAUACACACCACUCGUGGCCGCACUACUCGUCCCGAACGUGACUCUAUGGCCACAAUUCGGCAAAAUGUUGUUUUCGGUGUUGGAUGUGAUGACCGGAGCACUCAUUUACCGCAUUUGCGGCCAUCAUUUGGACGCCAAGACAUCGAAACUAUGCGCUAUUAUAUGGCUCUACAACCCGUUGCCGGCCAUCAUAUCGACGCGCGGGAGCGCCGAGUCUGUGGUCACGACUCUAGUCUUGUUAACCAUAUUAUGUUUAGCCAAUAGUCAACUAGUCUUCGGCGGCCUUUUGUACGGCUUUGUCAUUCACUUCAAACUCUAUCCAAUCAUUUAUAUUCCGGCCGUUUAUCUGUAUUUAACUAAAAGCCAAAAAGUGUGGAAAGCAUUCCUCCCGAACCGCAAGAAACUCACAUUCUUUGCCUUUGCGUUGAUUGGCUUUGUUUUGCCCACUUAUGUCUCGUAUCACUUGUACGGACAGCUGUAUGCGGACGAGGCCUGGCUCUACCACUUGCACCGCAAAGACCCUCAGCAUAACUUCAGCCCAUAUUUCUAUAUCUAUCACUUGUUCAAAGCCGAAGAGCAACAGAAACUGUUCGCUUAUCUGGCAUUUGUUCCCCAAUUCCUAGCCGUCCUCUCAAUCGCUUUCUAUUACUGUUUGUCUGCGAAACACAAGUUUCAAGACUUGACGUUCGCUGUCUUCGCACAGACCACUGCUUUCGUGACGCUUAAUAAAGUGAUUACUUCUCAAUACUUUCUCUGGUAUUUCUGUCUUUUGCCGCUCGUCUGGCCGUACGUCAGGCUAUCGGCUAAACAAUGGAUACUUAUGUUAAUUGUAUGGCUCUUAAGUCAGGCUCAAUGGCUAUUACCGGCCUAUUUGUAUGAGUUUGAGCACUGGAACUGUCUGUUCUGGGUUUGGAUUUCCAGCUGUGCUUUCCUUGUCAUUAAUCUUCUCCUUCUUAUUACUCUUAUUUUUAAUUAUAAACCAUUUGAUAGAAAACACCGCAAAAAACAUUAG